GGUUGAGGCGGGAGUCAUGGGUACUAGUCACCAUCAUGCCUACUUCCGACCCCCCCAAAAGCAGGCGGGAGGCAGUCUAUUCCUCCCCUGCUAGUUCUGACGACGAGGGGGCCGGCAAGUCUUCCACUUUCUCCCUGAUCUCUGACAGUUUCCAUCCAGAGUUAUCAGAUUUCCACCAUGAGGGAGAGGGAGAAACAACAACAACAACUAGCAGGGGGUCGAGCAUCCCUCAGAAGAUGAAACACCACCAUAGUCUGGAACAAAUUAAAGAUACAAAUAAACAUUCACCUGCUCAUACUAGUCUUUCACCAUGGGAAGAAUGGUUCCUUUGCAAAGAGAGAGAACUACGUGCUCGUUUUCAAGCAAAAGCUUUGGAGGAAAUGAAUCAGCAAAUGGAAGAAACAAAGGAAAAACAAGAAAGAGAAAGAAAAAAAUUAAUUGCUGAAGAGAAACACAAAGAGUGGGUCCAGAAAAAAAAUGAAGAGGAAAGGAAAGAAAGACAGCGUAAACUCAAAAAAGAAACGAGAGAAAAGGAAAUAAAAGAGUUUGAGGAAAUACAGUUAAAGGAAAAAGCAAAAGAAAUGUAUAAGGAAUGGCUGAAGAAAAAGAACACUGAAGAUCUUCAAAAAAAGAAAGAAGAGAAAGAAAAGGAAAAGCUACGGGAAGCUGAAUUACAGGAGAAAAAAGAAAAAUCAGAGAGGAUGUUCAAAGAAUGGCUGCAGAAUUCUAAAAACAAGCCCCGCCCAGCUUCUGCUGGCUAUGCCUAUGUCAAUGGGAAACUUGCAACAUACCCAGAUGGAAAUGCCUAUCCAGCUCCAGCCUUUUACAACCCCAUACCUUGGAAACCAAUCCCCGCGCCUCCUCCUAAGGAAGAGAAGUAUGUUUCAGUGAAGAAAAAUAAGAGGCCUCUAUCCAGCCACACCCAUAGAUCUUCAUCAAUGCUUUUUCAAAAAUCCAGGAGUAAUAUUUAUCUUGGAUCAUUACAGAGACUUCAGAAAUAGCAUAGGCAUUUUGUAAAUAAUAUUAGUGACGUUCAAAGUGUUAUAUUAGGUGUGACAUGUAAACAUCUAUGAUUUCUUGGCUUUUGAUACUUUUUCAUUUUUUAUUGUUAACUGAAUUGGGUUUUAUCUAAUUAUGCUUGUUUAACUAACUUGCAGUCUGUGGAGUUGAACAUUUUAAUUCCCUAUUUAUUGAUUUGUGAAAUGCAUCCCUUUAAUAUGACCUAAUCAAUAUGUGCUAUAUUUGUAAUAUAUUUUCUCUUCAUCUUAGUUUUUCUGAUAAUACUAUUCGUUUGUGGUAGCUCAAUGCAUAAAUAAUAUUUAUUUUAAAUCUUAAGCUAGCAGAAGGAAUAGAAUUUUUAUACAGUAUAUAGUGCACCUACCAGUAAAUACAGUUUGUAAUUUCUAAAUUGUUUCAUUUUAUGUUUUAAAAGCAAUUGUUUAAGGAAUAAAACAAAUUGUUACAAGA